GAAGGGUUUCUAAUUGUGAUUUAGAUCUGUACCUACGAUUCCUCGACAACCUAAAAUGGCGGGGGAGCUGCUCUUCUCGGGGCAGCUGCUGGCUGUGACGACGGACGAGGCUAAUGACGCCCACGUGCAGAUCCAGAAGGAAGCCAUCUCCUUCCUGCAGCGGCUGGCUGAACCUGUGCUGGUUGUGAGCUUCCAUGGAGCCAAGAAAAGCGGCAAGACGACAUUGGUGCGGAGUCUCCUGGGGAUUGAAGAGGACGUCGAGACAGAGUGCGGAUCUCAUAUCAUAUACAGAUUAUGAUUAUUAUAUGAACGAUAUAUGAUUGCGUUAUGAUAUGUCACAGCAUUGGUGUAUGGCUGUAUAUCAAGCGUGCUAACUACCCCAACGCCAAAUAUCUGGCCGUGCUGGACCGACCAGGCUUCGGAGACGACAAGCGAUUGGACACACUGCUGUACUCAAUCCUCGCGGGUCUGAGUAGUGUUGUGGUGAACCAUGUGGAUGGCCACUUAAGCCCUGAAGCUGUCGACCAGUUCGCGUUUCUUGCGUCGAAUACUGAAGAGAGCGAUGCACCACCUGCCUACACUUUCCCACAGUCACCAAAGCUGCUUUGGGUGGUGCAGAAUGUCACUACUGGUGAGCUGAAAGAGCAGGUUCAGGAGAGUGGAUUGUCGCUACAGGAAGCGGAGCAGACGUAUUUGUGUAAUGCCUUGGCUGCAUUGCCUGAAGACUCGUCGAGUGCAUUUUUUAGCAAGCUGUUCGAGACUGUUUUCUUGGAUCAGGGAUGUUUUGCUGUCCCACCAAGAGGAUCAGAAGCGUUUGAGAAACGUGUGGAGAAAUUAUCGCGCGUCUUCACCGACUCGAUCCACAAUCGUUAUCUAAAGGGCGUUGUUCUUAAUGGCCCGCUCAUCGGUUCUAUCGUUGUCUCCAUGCUGGCUCACCGUGACAACGUGUUCAAGGCUUUUAAGGGUCGGAUUUGGAAGGACUCGAUUCACAACUGUUGCCUCAAUGUUGUCGAGAAUGGAGCCAAACUCUACAAACUUCGAAUGUCCGAACGACUAGGCAGCGUUGUCGACAUUUCAGACCUCAAAGGAUUCCAGCCAGCGCUUGCUCCGGUCCGAGAGCGCCAGGAAUUGAUCGAGUUGCCUUGCGAAAACGAGGUUCUUUAUGCAGUUCACAGUGCUGCAAAGCGCGAGGCAAAGACAACAUUGCGCACGAUGCCGGUUCAAUCGGGAAAACUCAGUACUUUGCUGCAGAAAUUAUUCCGUGACUUGGUGGAGUCAGUGUUCGCCACGAUCCAGGAGGAGAACAACCGAAUUUCCUCGGAGCUAUGCCAGUCACUACUCACUACACUCCACACCAAGAUGACGGACAAAGUUGAUGCGCACUUGAUGCUGGGUCCUCAAGAUGAUGAGGAUGGGUACUCUUUCCAGUCAACAGAGUUCAAACGCUUUUAUCACCACUAUCAGACGUACUUGUUUGAAUUGAUGGCGGAGUUCACUAACCAAGCUAAAGGCCCAGUGAAGAAAGAGGAGCUUGCCAAGUUCAUGCAAAAUACUAUUCGACCGCAGCUUGCCGAGUUUUCAGCGAAACUGGACAAAAUCCGCCAGCACGAUACCGAUGUGGUAGAAGAAAUGAUCGAGAAAAAGGAGGAAGAAGUUGAGGAGUUCAACGCCAAGCAAAAAAUGUAUCAAAAGCAGACAGUGGAGGCGCAAGAAAAUGUCAACAAACAGUUAGUCGAAGUUGCGAAACUCCAAUCGCUGCGAAAAGAAGCGCUUGUUGGCGCCAUUAAUGACCUGACCAGGAUGCACACAAUGGCCACGAAGCAGAAGGAAUUGCUGGAAGAAGCUGCGUUCGUCUCGGUUCAACUCCCUGAACAAAAAGUCAUCGAAGCCGCCCAGGAUAAGGAAGUUACUGAGCUGCAGGGGUAUUUGAUCAAGCAGGGAGGUGGUGGAAACGUGCUAAACCCCCUUGGCCGGAAGAAUUGGAAGCAACGGUACUUCAUUCUCAUCGGUGCCAAUCUUAUCUACGCGAGGACUAAGGAUGACUACGAGCGUGGAAAAAUUAUCAAAGAGCUUUGCCUCACUGGCUGCAAGGUUGAUCCAUCACGAGAUGCUGGUGAGGGCUUCGACAUCACCCCAGGCAAGUCAGCACACGUAUUCGAACUGCAAAGAGGAUUCUUCGAGAAGAACAGCAAAAAGCGCUCGUCGGCGGCAGAUAGUGGGCGUGUCUUUAAGCUGCGUGCUCAGAACAUCCAAGAGCGCGACAAGUGGAUUGACAAAUUACGCCAAGCAGCAGGGGGCUACUAAUUCUGACGUUGUCAAAGUAGACCUCAACGAUGUGGAUCAAUGGCAACGGUUUUUAGCGUGAGUGAUCAGUCCAGGUUGUCAUUCUCGUUAGAGUUAAGGAGCUGCGUCCCAGAAUUACUCCCGACUCUGAGUUCCGUGGCGAGAUGAGCAAUUUGAAGCAGUGCUGUGGCUGACUGCUCGGCCAGGCGUUGCAUUUCUUGGUCUGUUGAAAUAGUGCUGGUUAUCUGGAACGGAAAAAUCAGCGCCCAUGAGCCUAGAAACUUGUGAAAUGGCUGUAUGAACUUACAGAAUCGUUGGUGUUUGUAGCCUGUAUCCAGUCUACCAGGUUGUCAAGCUCCAAGGUUAGACUUUCCAUUUGCUGCUUCAAUUGAAAAGGAUUGUCAGAGUAGCUUAACCGGUCAACUGCUAUUUGAACGGAGGUACACAGCUGCGUUAUGCUGUCAAGAAAACGGGGAAGCUUCACGGCCAGUAGUGCGCUGGGUUCUGUCUGCAUUGCACAGCACGUCACAAUCAUUGCUUGACGAGUGGAAAGCAAACUUGGUAGUAUGUACCACGUUUUCAACAAAGGUCUUCAUCAGGUUUGCAUGCUGCUGACAAUCAAGGCCGAUUGCGGUCUUUUGCAGUUGACGCAGCUUCGACUGUAAUAUCUUCCAUGCUGCCAGCAGUUGUGACUUCACAUUUUUUGUAAGUUUCUCGU